AUGGUCAUCCAGGCAGUUGACACUCCAACGAGUGCGUCGAUAAAGAACUUGAAAGAAGGCAGUGAAUACCAGUUUCGAGUGAGAGCGGUCAAUAAAGCUGGCCCCGGACAUCCAAGCGAGCCUUCCGCGAAGCAAGUUGCGAAACCUAAAUUCGUUCCGGCAUGGCUAAAACUGGAUGAUUUAAAGAGCUUGACUGUAAAAGCGGGGCAGGCAGUGAAGUGGGAUAUACAGAUUGGCGGUGAACCGGCACCCGAGGUGACAUGGUCGAAGAAUGAUGAAGUACUGAUUUCAACUGAGUCACUCCAGAUUGAGACAAAAAAGAAUGCGCAUACGGUGCUUCAUAUUCCAUCUGCAAAACGUUCUGACCGCGGCAAAUAUACGCUGAAAGUCAAAAAUUCAACUGGUGAACAAACCGGAGCUGCUGAACUCAACGUACUGGAUAGACCAAGUCCGCCGCAGGGUCCACUACAGGUUCAACUUUAUAUUACUACUGCUUUUGCAGCAGUGGGGUUCCAUCUUAGCUCAUAA